CUGGAAGUGACAGAGAGAGAAAACGACGAGCGAGAGAAGAGGUACUCAAGCUUCGUAGUUCGAUGUGCAACUGAAUCGCAUGGCAAUAUGAAAAUUGGCAAAUUCAUCUUCUUCUCAAUCAGGGCAUUCCGUUUCUCGUCAACCCGAUUUCUCAAUUCCCUUUGCCAGACGAGCCAAAGCUUCUCACCGAGCGAACAGUGCGUCACCAACCAAACAGCCGCUACUCUGUCUGCUGCUCUUCAGCAAUACAUCAAAUCAAGCGUUCCUGGGCACGGCCGCAAGAUUCACGCCCAUAUUCUGAAGACCGGUUUCCGUCCCAAUACAAAUGUACGUAUCAAACUCCUCGUGCUCCACUUGAAGAGUGGGUGCUUGCAGUAUGCGCGCCAAGUGUUUGAUCAAUUGCCUCACCGAACGCUUUCUGCUUAUAACUACAUGGUUGGUGGGUAUUUGAGACAAGGGCUAGUUGAAGAACUGAUCAAUUUGGUUCGCGGGUUGUCUGUUGAUUGCCAAGAAAAGCCUGAUGGGUUUACCUUCUCCAUGAUUUUGAAAGCCUCUACUAGUACUAGUGCCUCCAGUGUUGUGCUGCCUCGGAAAUUCGAGGGCAUUGUUCAUGCUCAGAUAAUUAGAUUGGAGAUUCAGCAUGAUGAUAUUCUCUACACGACUGUGGUUGAUUCUUAUGUGAAGACUGGAAACAUUGUUUACGCGAGGAGAAUUUUUGACUUGAUGAUGGAUGAAAAUGUCAUAUGCUCAACGUCGAUGAUAUCUGGAUAUAUGAACCAUGGUUCUAUUGAAGAAGCUGAAGCGGUAUUUGGAAGAACAAACCAAAAGGAUAUCGUUGUCUUCAAUGCCAUGAUUGAAGGUUAUAGCAGGUCAGUGGGAACAGCUAGGAAAGCACUGGAGUUCUACAUUGAUAUGCAGCGCUUUGGUUUCCGGCCCAAUAUUGCCACAUUUGCUAGUGUUAUUGGGGCUUGCUCUCUUCUCACUGAAGUUGAGAUUGGUAUACAGAUCCAUUGUCAGCUUACGAAGAUCUGUUUUACCCACAUAAAGAUCGGAAGUGCUUUGGUUGACAUGUAUUCAAAGUGUGGGAAGAUUGAGUACGCCCGUACAGCCUUUGAUGACAUGCCAGAAAAGAAUGUAUUCUCUUGGAGUUCAAUGAUUGAUGGUUAUGGCAAGAGUGGUGAACCUGAUAAAGCACUCGAGCUAUUCCAUCAGAUGCAACUACGUGGGGUCGAGCCCAAUUAUGUGACCUUUCUUGCAGCUAUCUCAGCCUGUGGACAUGGUGGCUUAGUUGGCAAAGGCCAUGAGAUCUUCGAGAGUAUGGAGAGGGAUUACUCUCUCAAACCAAGGAUGCAGCAUUAUGCCUGCAUGGUUGAUCUGUUGGGUCGAGCAGGAAGUUUGCACCAAGCAUGGGAUCUGGUUAUGGGGAUGCCCGAGAGGCCAAACUCUGAUGUGUGGGCAGCCCUACUGAAUUCUUGUAAUCUUCAUGACAGUGUAGAGAUGGCAAGUGUAGCUGCUAAUGAACUGUUUAAACUCAAUGCUAAAAGGCGGCCUGGCGCAUAUGUCUCAUUCUCCAAUACUUUAGCAGCUGCUGGGAAAUGGGAUAAUGUAAGUCAAUUGAGAGAGGCUAUGAAGAUCAGGGGAGUGCUGAAAGAUACUGGCUCCAGUUGGGUUGGCGCUGAAAUUGAUGCUUGAGGUGCUCAUUGCAUGACGUGCACCAAAAGAAGUCGGGGAUUAUCUCUUUCAAAUUUCAGAUGAGUUGUUUUACAGGAUUUGGUUAUACCACUCAGCUCAAUUAGGGCUCAAGCUUUUUAGUGCAAGUAUCUUGGAGCAAUCGCCAUAUGUGUUUGCAAUAGUUGACAGAAAACCUGCUCGUGGAGGAGAAACUGAAGGAGAUUCUACCAAGAAUCGUCCUUUGAUUUUGACAGUCAUAGCUGUGCUCUUCAACAUGUAACUCCUGUAAUUUUGGAUCAUGAAAGGUAAUUUGGCUUCGUGUACCUUUGUUUCUGAAACUUUGGUUUACAAAGUAAAGCAUGUUGCUGUCCUUCCUUGUGACAAUUUGAGCUUCUUUUUCCAGUCAAGGAAAACAAUGUGUGCGACUCCUAAAAUCAUAUUGACAGCCGGAUUAGCAAGAAGACUGCGGAUGAGAAAGUGAGGAGGGUCAAGGCAGAAGGAUAGGUUAGUUUGGAAUAGUAAUUUGGUCAUUGGUUGGCUAACCGUUUGUUUCUCUGAUUCGGGAAUCGUUAUAGGGUAAGUAAACGGCCUCUGUAAUUAAUAUGAAGAUAAAUAAAUAUACGUCUCCUGUCAAUUAAUUAAUUGCCUUGUUUGGUUGCUUGCUUAUAUAUAUUUGGGAUUACCUACAACAGAAUUACCCAUCAAGAGAAAAACGAAGCCAGAGAGAAAUUAAACGUCAAGAAGAAGGAGAAGGAGAAGAAGAAAGGGGGAGAAUGUGCUGCUGCUGCUGUGGAGAUGACUGUGAAUGCAGGCCUCUUGCCUUUCUGUUAGCCCUUCCUUUUGCCUUCGUCUCCCUCAUCCUUUCCAUAAUUGGCAUCAUUAUAUGGAUUCCUGGGUAACCCUAGAAUCUCUCUAAAUCCUCUACAUGUUCUUCGGAUUUGAGUUUAUGGGUUUCUAAUUUUGCCCCUUCGUGGUGUGUUCUGCAGCUUGUUGCUGAGUUGCAUAUGCCCAUGCUGCUUCUGCGUGACAAUCGUUGUGGAGUUCGCGCUAGGGUUGAUCAAGGCGCCAUUUCUUGUGAUGGAGUGGUUUAUCUCCAAGAUUCCUUGUUAGGGUUUAAGUUGCAGAGAUCGUUCUUUUCAAGGAUGUGAUUAAUUGGUUAGAGGUCGAGAACCAGGGAUUGAUUGAUGUAGUUUGACUUUUUCUUUCCCCUCUUUUGGUGCUUCUGUGGACGACAUAAACAAAGACAAUGAUGAAGCUAUUUUCCGGUCUUGAUCCUUGGCUUUCUUGCUCUAUUAUUAGUUUCUCAAUCUGUUAAUUGCGUGUUGAAUAUUCGUCGGUUACUUUGUUUUUGUUGAGAACGAUGAACAAUGAAUAAGCAAUGCAGUGAUGC